GAGGAAGAAGAGGAAGAGGAGGAGGAGGAGGUGGUGAGCUGGGCCAGCGUGAGGAUGCAGGGCGAUAAGAAGAGGCAGAACGCCACCCACGAGGAGGAGGCCGUCUUCAGCCUGCUGCUAAAGAGGCCCUUGGACAGCGUGUCGGACUGCCACGGGGCCCUGAAGUCGCCCAUCGCGGUGCCCAGCCCCCGGAGGACGUCCGAGGACGGCCUGGACACCUUCAGCCGCCAUUUUGAGAGCAUCAUGGAGUCGCACCGCGCCAAGGGCACGUCGUACAGCAGCCUGGACAGCGAGGAGCUCCUGAGCUCCAGCCAGCCCGUGUUCACCUUCGACCUGCCCACGCUGACGCCCGAGAUCCAGGGCCAGAUCUGCCUGAGCGCCCGGAAGAUCAUCGAGCUGAGCUUCGCCCCGCUGGCGCCCGGGGAGCCUCCCAGCCUGUCCGACUCCGCCCCCGGCCACGCCCUCGACCGCAGCAGCAGCUCCGACUGCACCCAGGCCCCGCCCACCGAGGGCGUCAGCAGCACCUCUGAGGACACGCCCCCAGGGGACAGGCCGGCGGCCAAUCGGGAGCCACGCCCCUCCAGGGAAAGGCCCCCCCGGCUGGCCACGGACUCUGAGGUGGAGCUGGACAUCAGCGACCGACUGGGCAGCACCGACACACUCAGCAACGGCAACAAGGCCGACCUGGAGGCAGCCAAGCGGCUGGCCAAGAGGCUCUUCAGCCUGGACGGCUUCAAGAAGUCCGACGUGGCCCGGCACCUGAGCAAGAACAAUGACUUCAGCCGCAUGGUGGCAGAGGAAUACCUGCGCUUUUUCAACUUCUCGGGGCUGACUUUGGAUCAGGCACUGAGAGCGUUCCUGAAGGAGUUUGCUCUCAUGGGGGAGACGCAGGAGAGGGAGAGGGUGCUGUCCCACUUCUCCAGGAGGUACCUACACUGCAACCCCCACAGCAUCCCGUCUGAAGACAGCGUUCACACCCUGACCUGUGCUCUGAUGCUGCUGAACACGGACCUGCACGGCCACAACAUUGGGAAGAGGAUGUCUUGCAUGCAGUUCAUUGGGAACCUGGAAGGUCUCAAUAAUGGGCAGGACUUCCCUAAGGAGCUUCUCAAGACCUUGUACAACUCCAUCAAGAGUGAGAAGCUUCAGUGGACCAUCGACGAGGAAGAGCUGCGUAAGUCCUUCUCAGAAUUGGCCGACGGCCGCACGGACUCCGCCUCCCACACCAUGAAGCGAAUCAGCAGCCGGGGAAACCCCAUCACGGGUGUGGCCCAGCACCCCGGCUCCGUCGUCUACAAGAACGGCUUCCUGGUGCGGAAAGUCCACGCCGACUCUGACGGCAAGAAAACUCCGCGGGGGAAGAGGGGCUGGAAGACGUUCUACGCCAUCCUGAAGGGCCUCAUCCUCUACCUGCAGAAGGGGGAGUACAGGCCGGAGAAGCAGCUCUCUGACGAGGACCUGAAGAACGCCGUGUCCAUCCACCACUCUCUCGCCAUGCGGGCGUCCGACUACAGCAAGAGGCCCAACGUCUUCUACCUGCGCACCGCCGACUGGAGAGUGUUCCUGUUCCAGGCCCCCAACGCAGAGCAGAUGCAGUCCUGGAUAACGCGGAUCAACACGGUGGCCGCCAUGUUCUCCGCUCCGCCCUUCCCGGCCGCUAUCGGGUCUCAGAAGAGGUUCAGCCGACCGCUGCUCCCGGGAUCCACCACCAAACUCUCCCAGGAGGAGCAGGUCCAGUCUCACGAGGCACGGUUCCGCACCACCUCCUCGGACCUGACCGAGCUGCGCUCCUACCCGCCCGACCGCAAGGUCAAAGGGCGUGAACUGGAGGAGUACCGCCAGCGAGAGGAGUACCUGGAGUUUGAGAAAACGCGCUACGGCACGUACUCCAUGCUGCUGCGGGCGAAGCAGCGUUGCGGGGAGGACGACCUCUCUGCAUUCGAGUCUCAGCUCUUCGAGGACAGCGGCCUGCAGAGGGCGCACUCCAGCCCCACCCUCCCCCUGGAGGGCAGCCAGGGCGGCGUGGCCAAGCCCGGCAAGCGCAACGAGGCCCAGAGACACAGCUACCGCCAGGCCGUCAAGCAGUGAGCCGUCCUCCCCCCUCUCCCUGCCCACGUUUGCGUUCAGCUCCAGGGGUGUGGCGAGACUGGGGGGGCUCGGUUAAUUCCGCCUGUAGGCCCCUCCCCUCUCUCCAAUCUCCUUGGCCAAUGGGGGAGCGGCGGUCGUGUGAUUGACGUGGCUGUGGAAGUGGAAGGGGGCGGAGACUGGAGGAGUGGUAUCAUGUGGAGGCCGGAGAUCGUGGGGAAGAAGCGGUCAUCCGUUGUGAGGGUGACCACAUACAUGGUCACCAGUGUUCACUGGCAGGAGAGACUCUUUAAAGACCAUUUUAAACACCCAGUUCUUACCCCUAAACAUUUGCACAUAACCCCCUAGCUCCUAAUCCAUAGCCCCUAACCCUAGCCCUCUUAACCUCUAUUCUUAACCUCUAGUCCCAAUCCCUUAUCCCUAGCCACCGCUAGCCCUUAAAAGGAAUCCCUAGCCCCUUGCCAGUAAUUCAUAAACACUAAUCCCUAAACCAUAACCCAUAGUCCCUAAACCCUACCCAUAAACCCUAAUCCCUAAGCCCUAGCCCCUAUCCCCCUAGCCUCCCUUGCUCAGGCCCUUCUCCAAGUGUCACCCCAGAGUAAUUUUUCAGGACCAAUUUUGUUUUUCCACAUUUGCAAAAAAAAAAAAAACCCCACCAGACAACAAGAAAUUCAAAUGUUAGCUGAGCAGUCAUCUUGGAUUCUGACAUUUGAAGACAAUGUGUACAAGUGGACAUUGUUGCACAGGAUAAUGUUGCUCACACAGCAGCCCGUCUCUUUAGAGCUGAGACUGCCUCUUGCCACCACCGUCAGGCCGAUGUGUUCACCAGCUGACCCCCACUGCUCAGGAGAGCACUGGUCUGCUUUACUGCACCCCCUCUCUCCCUCUCUGGGGGACCAUGGAGACUGCAGCCAUGGAGACGUCUCGGAGUGGACAGGCCCUGGGUCCACGGCCCGUAGAGUCCAGAGCU